AAGAAAAAACACCUGUUGUUACAGCCACAUGAAGAUGAAAACAUGUCCCAGAAGGUUCUGUUCAUUAAGCUGCUGCUGCUGCUGCUGCAUUACACAACCCAGAGUCAGUUUGAAAUUAAUGCAGACUGCAAUACAGAUGUUUCAGUGAAGUGCCCAGGUGUUGACUUGGGCAAAAAGGAUUUCAUCUCUUUGGCAUGGUACAAGUUCAACAACAGUGAAAAAGUUGGCAUCAUCAGGAAGGGUAAACAGAACAGCAUACAGGACUACGACUUCCCUCGAUCACCCAAACCUGAGUUUGGGGAACAAUACAGUCUGUUCCUUGCCCGGGCUACACCUAAAGACUCGGGCAUCUAUGAGUGUGACAUCAGUGCAAAUGUAGGGGGUCAAAAUCUGAAUCUCAAAGUCAACCUAACAGUUCAAGCAUGUGUGAUCCAGACUGACCUGACGACAGUGUCAACAAUGACAACUGUGUUGAACACAAGUCAGCUCAACCUGCCCUGCAGCAGUCAAGGGGAGGACCUGCCAGUCAUGUGGAGCAUCCUAGGCUAUGUGGCAGUAGGCCUCGCCAAAAUCAUUUUUUCUCUGAUCAGCAUUCGGGUUAUUCAAGCUGUCCGUAUGAGGUCUUCAAGACGACGGCGGCAUAGGUGGUGAAGCUGAUGUGAGAUCAUGUAAAUAGGCACACAAAUCUCCUAAAUCUGCACGUACAAGUGAUUGUAUUUGCGCAUUUCUUCUUAUUUAUUGGCCUUUACUUGUUUUUUAAAGAUAUCUUUUUUUAUAUUUCCAGUAAAUUGCUUUUCGGUUUGUAAAAAUGUGUCACUGUGUUGAAUCAAACCACUUGUUGCUUUUUUAUAGUGAUAAAAGAGGUCACCUUAACCAGAAACGUUUGAAACCAUAAACUACACAGGAACAGACAUGAGAGGAUGUAAUGCUUCUUUAGAGGAACAAAAACCACCAAACACACCAUGCACACACUGCUACAGCUGUAAACCACAUAUAUUGUAGCAUAUGACAGAAAAGAAUAGAAUAGAAUAGCUCUUCAUUGUCCACCACGGCGGAAAUUUGUCUUCGGCCCAUCAGAAACAAGAAACAGAUGAGCAAUUUAUAAAACAAGCAAAUAGACAAGAUCAUUAAAAACACUUUAAUCCUGAAUUUAUCUGGAAAUCACUUUGUGUCAUAAUUAAAACUGUCACCAUAUUCUAAAAGAAGUACAUGUGACAGACAGUUUGUAAAAAAAAUCACCUCCCUCUUACUAGCAGUGACUCUAAUAGCAUUUAAACAGGAGAGACAGAUGAAUGAAGUAAGGAUAAAGUUUAAUACAGAACAUGGGUGAACAGGUUAACUGAUGAUUUGAGCUGAUUAAGAUUUAACAGAAAAAUGUUGGCGCUUGGACACCAGAGGAAGACUUUUUCUGAUCGAGGGGCAUCUGAGUGGCAGCAAGAACAAUCCUGAAACCCGUAGUGGUGGUGGUGGUGGUGACUGAUGACUCUGAGGUUGAUGACUGGUGGGACAGAUGAGGCGGAUUAAUCUGUGAAGAUUAUGCAGUGAUGGGGAGGAUGAGGGUGCCCACGACUGCAUUAUGGAGGAACUACAGGCAGAAAAAAAACAUAUUUAAAAUGAGAAGCACUAAGAUGAUAAGCUUACAGAGAAGGUGUGUCACUGUAUUAAUGUACAGUGAAUAUACUGUGAAUUAGCUGUCAGAACAGCUGAUUCACAGCUGGUCUACGCUGUUGUGAGCAUUCAUACUUGUGCUGUGGUGUGUCUGUGUCACUCUGCAGUUACACCUCCAAAAUGUUAGUCGGCGGUUGGUUCUGUGAAGUGCUGUAGAGUUUAGUUGAUUCAAAACACACAAUUAAACACACAUUAAACAUGGUGUAUUAGAGACAAUUUCAAACACAAGUACACAAAUCAGCUUCACUAUGACUCGCAGCAUUCACAGACAAAGCAUUUGUGUUAAUCCGGACACAUUUUCCACUCAAAUAAAACAUGCUAAUGUUAUUAGCACAAACCUAUGGCAUUUUACAUUGUAUAUAUUAGCCUAGCGACUAGUGGACUUUUCCUCUGCUCAUAUGAAACCAGGGACAACAGCAAAAUUUAACAAAGGUAAAGUUACAAAAUUUGGCUCCAUUACAGCUCACAAGGUUCAUUAACAAAAUAACUGUCUUAUACUAAACACGUUUUCCAAACAAAUAUAACAUGCUAAUGAUAUUAGCACAAGCCUAUGGCAUUUUACAUUAUAUAUAUUAGCCUAGUGACGAGCGGAGCAUUCUUCUACUACGAAGCCAGUAUAAAUCCCAAAGUAUAAAUCACACACAAGACUUAAAAUGCUAUUUUGUGGAGGCUUUAUUGUCUUCACAAUUUAUUGUUUCUUAUCUGUUAAGUAAAAGUUAAUGUAAAUAAAAGCUUCCUUUCCACUGAGGGAAAAGGUUUCAUCUUACAGAGAUAGACAGGUUCUGGGAUGCUGCAACCAAUGCUGGGACAUCAACAAAAACACAUGGUUAGAUUUAGAAAAAACAACAACUCUACGUUCAUACAGGAAGCAAACACCAGGCUCCCACAUGAAAGUUCAGGGUUUGCUGAACUCACCAACACCCCUCCCACCCAUCCUAUAGGGACUUUCCAGCUCCUUAUGUUGUUACUGGCAGUAUUCAACAUGAGACUCUCAAGCAGCGUAUCAUACUGCUGCAAUAGGUGCUGUAUGGUCAUGUUAUGAAGUGGCGCUGCCUGUCUGCAUAUUAUAUUGCUGCAGCUGAUGCUGUUUGGGUUGUCAGGGUUUCAUAACACUGUGAGAGGUUACAUUCAGCCAAGUUACAAACUGACACUGCAAAAGUGGCUUUUAGCCUUAGGUGUCUGACGGCAAAAUCACUGACAAAGCAGUGGUAUUUGAGUUUUAUUUGCUAGAAUCUGCAGCAGCACACCGAAAACAGCCAGUUCCAGCUGAAGAGUUUCUAAUGCAGCCGUCAAUCAUGUCAAUCACUGCUUGUGAACUGCAGUCGAACUGUCAAACUAGGCAGUGCUGAUCAAAUAUGAGUCAGAAUUCUGUCACUGCAUUGCCUAUUACAGUUUGAAUGCUUUUUAGAAACAUAUUUGAGUGUACUGUUAAGCUUUAAAAUAAGGACAGUCAGUCCAACCAGUGGGCAGGGCUUGGUACUUGACUGUAUCCAACAUGGCGGCACAAACCUUCUCAUUUUACAGCUAAACAGUUUCUAAAAAUGUCUUAACUGUAAAAUAAGAAACCAAAGUUUAUCAGUAUGAGAUUCCUUAACAAUUUAUAUGAACAUCAUUUUCAGCCUAUAUUCUUCAACAGCAUGAGUAAAUUCCUGGUAUUCAGUUAUGGUUUCUGGUUUUGGUGUGACACUCUAAGAUUUUCAGUGGCCACCCCUGUGAAAAAAUCCUGGGGGCACCACUGAGGCCAACUAGGGCCGAGCUGAUAUUGUAACAUUAAAUGUAUGUGUUUACAUUGUACAGACAUUUAAACUUCUGAGAUGCUGACAGUGUUUAACUGAUAAAGUGCAGGGAAUUAUUCAUGUUUUUAACUGUGCUGUAUAUAAAUGUAAAAUAAUGCAUUUACUUUUUAUUAUAAAACUCAGUAACUGCAUUUCACAUCUUAUGGUUUUUAUAACCGUAUGUUAUAUUUCAGUUCCUGUCAGGAAUCAGCAACUCAAAAAGAAGUGAUACCACUCUAGAGAGAGUGGCACCACAGACACCAAUAAACAUAUCAACAAAACUUUAUCAAAUCUAUAUCUGUCAUUAUCUUUUAAGCAUCUCAUGCUACAGUUUCACACCUUCUGUGUGAAAGCUGACGGCCUCUUGAGGUGAGAAGUGAGGUGAAAAUGCAGCUCGGUAUUUAAAGACGCUGUAUUCAUGCUCCCCAGUCUGUAUUGACUUGCUCAGUCAGGGAUGUAAAGAAAUCCAGCAGCUUUUAUCCUGCAGACACCUGCAGUAACACCCAACGAUCACAGAGGAGGGAACUUGCAUCUACCGCUGAGUUCUCCUCCUGGUUUACAAAGUCAGACUAAUACAGGAAAGGCAUUAAAUGGAUCAGUGCCUUUUGAAAAUAUUGAUUUGAGAUCAUAAAAGAGGCGAGGCGUCUCACUGAGAGCAGCUCAGCAGGUACAGAGCAGAGAAAAAUGUGCACAGAUCACCACCUACUGGCACAUCCUCAGACAGCACAGUGGUGAUAUACUGUUUUGAUGAUAACCAUAUUUAAAACUUGAAAUAUUGAUAUCCUGUUAAUAAAACACAUAUGACAAUAUCCUGUAAAUAAUCCAGCACCUCUUAAAUAAUCUCCUUUUCUUUCUGUUCUCACUCUGUUUCCCUCUCCACCUCCCUACACUCGAAUUUUAAUGCAAUUAAUUUACCAAAAGAAAGACAAAAUGCCCA